CUGGACGAGCAUAUGUGCCUUCAUAUAGUGGAGCGACCGGAAGCGAAUACAGCUAUUCACAUUUAGAUCACCAACAGCGGUCGGUAUACGACGCCGCAACGAACGAUUGAGUGGCAUGCGUCUUUCCAUAAUAAGCCAGGCACCAUGCUGUCUGGUACUGUUGCUGAUUCUACUCGACUUCGUCGUUACGCAAACAUCGGAGAGCGAGCCUCCAUCAUCAUCGUCAUCACCACUGCCAGCCAUAGAAGACUAUCAAGAAUAUGACGAUUCAAUGGCGCCUGGCGUGGAAUCCCCGUCGCAGGAAACGACUGACGCUACCAGUAGUAUGCGAGAUAUGCUAUCGUUACGUAAGGCAGACUCAGAGACGUCUGUAGACAGUGGGUCACCAGAAGGGCUUACCAUGAGCAACGAAAUUUUCAAGAAUGAAAACUCCGUUAUCAAAGCCAAGGUCGACCGAUUGAGUGGUUUGUUCAAGAAGAGUGUGGAAAAAAUUAAAAUGAAACAUAAGCGGGUGGACAUUGUAUUUCUCAUUGAUGCUAGUUCCAGCGUGGGCAAGGCAAACUUCCACAGCGAGAUCAAGUUUGUGAAAAAAUUGCUCUCCGAUUUCAAUGUCAGCUAUAACUACACAAGGGUUGCGGUCAUCACAUUCAGCUCGCAGAAGAAAAUUUUUCGUCACAUAGAUCAGAUAUCAACAUCUAUAGAAGACAACGACAAAUGUCUACUGCUGAACUAUCAAAUACCGAAAAUUGAAUUCAGUGGAGGAGGAACGUAUACGUAUGGAGCUUUGAAGGAAGCUGAAGAAAUUUUCAACCUUGCACGGGUAAAUAGUAAAAAAAUUAUUUUCCUCAUAACUGAUGGUUUCUCGAAUGGGCGCGACCCUAUUCCAUUGGCCGAGUCCCUGAAGCGUAGUAACGUAGUCAUAUAUUCAAUUGGGAUUCAAAGCGGAAAUUAUGCAGAGCUUUACAAUAUCUCCAGCCAGCCUGGUGACAACCAUAGUUUUCUUCUCGAUAGUUUUGAUCACUUCGAAACUCUCGCCAGAAAAGCAUUCCAUAGUGACUAUAAAAGUGGGGAAAAUAUUGGAGUUAACACAACCUUGUGCGAUGUGUUAUGUUUAGAUGAUCCGGAUUUUAUCUAUGAUGGUAGUGGUGGAUGUUGCGAUGAGAAUGCAACAUGUAGCUGUAGUACCAAUUCAGGCCACUACUCAUGUGUUUGUCAGCCAGGGUACUUUGGGUCCGGUCUGCGAGGAAAAUGUCAACCAUGUACGAAUGGCACCUAUUGGGAUGGACUAGGAAAGUGUCGGCAAUGCCCGGACAUAAAUCACAUUUCGCAAGUGAUUCCAGCAAUGAAUGUGAGCGAUUGUGUGUGCAAGAAUAGCUACAAGCAAAGCGAUGAUGGGCGUUGUGAAGUGAUGAAUUGCCCUGAACUAUCACCUCCGGAAAAUGGAUACUUCGUGAAACAGCCGAACGCCUGCAGUCAGGUGCUCAAUGCAGCAUGCGGAACCAGAUGCCAAUCAGGUUAUCAGUUGGUGGGAGAUAGUAUUCGACUCUGCCAGGAAAAUGGGAUUUGGUCCGGAAAUGAUCCAAAAUGCGUUCUGAAACCGUGUCCACCUCUAAAAAUUCCUUACUAUGGACUAACUGUAUGUAAGAAUCCUGACCUGAACCUGCAUUUCGACUACUCGCCAAGGAACAAGUCCUUUAUUGUAAACUAUAGUGCGUCAUCGGAGCGAUCUACCGAACCCAUGCCAAUUGAUACUGACUGUUCAUUCAAGUGUGGCCAUGGAUUCUAUCUAGUAGGAUCCAAUACCCGUAACUGUUUACCUCUAUCAAAGUGGGAUGGGCUGCAAACCACAUGCAAACAAAUUCUGUGCCCUCCACUACCGAAGAUCCCGUUCGGAGAGUACGACCCGACGGAUUGCGCUGAACAGAAAUCGGCUCAUGGUUCCAACUGUACUCUGAUUUGCAAUUUCGGCUUCGAGCUCAAAGGAGGUCCCUCGACAAAAUCUUGCGGAGGUAAGCGAAACGGCAUUUGGACCCAGAAGACCAAGACUCCACGUUGCGUCGACGUUACUCCACCGCAUCUCAUGUGUCCCAAUAACUACACACUACAAAUGCAUGACGAUUACAACUAUGCCAUCGUCAAGCGGCUAAAUCGACCUUACGCAUUUGAUAAUGGUGGCGACAAUUUUACCUUCUGGUCCAAACCGGCGAUCAAAGACAAUGGUACAAAACUGUACAAUGGAACGCAUCUUUUCACGUAUGUCGCACUUGAUUCGUUUAAAAAUAAGGCCAAGUGUAACUUUACUGUUACAGUGAUGGACAAAACUGCUCCGGUGAUUGAAAGCUGUUACAAUCCAGCUCCAUUCUACAUAUCAUCGUCAAAAAACAAUAACGAGACUUAUGUAACAUGGGAUGAACCAACAGUAUUUGACAAUUCUAAUGAAAAUAUCACGAUGACUCGCAGUAUUGAUUUUGGAUAUUUAGACGUUGGAGAAUAUGAAGUGAUCUACCAUGCGGAGGAUUCUGCAGGUAAUGCAGCUGAGUGCAUGGUAAACGUAACAGUUAAGGAGUACAAAUGUGAAAAUCUACCUUCGCCACCCAACGGGCAAACGAUAUGUGCGAAAAAUGCUUCCCAUACAUGGUGUGAAGUUUCGUGUCUCUUUGAUCAUACAUUCCACGAUCGAGAGGACAAUUCUGCCAUAUUGCUUUGUAACAAUCGAAAUCCAAAAUGGCAUAAGGAUACGAUUCCGGAAUGCACAGCUAUAGAAAAACCCACUGCUGUUGAAGAAGUUAUAACAAUAAGCCUAGGCUCAGAUACAACCACGCUUUGCAAUGAUGAUGGUGCAACUAAGGGAGAACUAGAGGACUUAUUCACGCAUAACAUGAGAGAUUAUUUGUGUGGAUCGCAAGAGGACUGCAGCAUAACUACGAUAAUUCCUGCAUGCGAUGAUGUACAACAACCGGAUGACACGUCUAAGUAUCACAUUGUGAAAAGGGAAAUCAGUGAAGAGGUUCGAACUAAAUCUAGGAAGCAGAAUGUUAAGCGGGAUGACCGGGCCAUUAUCAAAAUUAAUGUGUAUACCAAACUAUCCAAGCGGCUUGGAUUGUGGAAGCAGGAUGGAAAGAAGUCCGACAACAUUAAGAGAGUGAAGGCAGAGCUACAAAAUAUCAACAACAAUGAAAAAUUGAGAAAACGUCUUGGUGACAUGAAUAUGGACCUCAGCAUUCUAAAGCUUGACGAAACAAUACGCUGCCAAAAUGGCAGUGUAGCCAAGAAACUAGUUUGCGUUCAGUGUCCUAGAGGAACAUAUCACAACUUAACUACAAACACCUGCAAUUCCUGUCCUAUUGGAAGCUACAACGAGUUAACAGGCCAAGCGAAUUGUAUCCAUUGUUCACCAGCUCAUUCAACAAGAAAACCCAAUAGUAAGCAUUCGUCCGAAUGUAAACCUCAGUGUCCUCCGGGAACAGUAGCCAAGCUUAAACUAAUGAAGAAAGAAAAAGUUCAGAAGUACCACAAGAGCCUGGUGCCGUUUUGCCGGAAGUGUGAACCGGGAGAAUAUCAAGGGUUGUACAAUAGAAUAAGCUGUGAUAAAUGUCCACCUGACCAUAUUUCUCCUCGAGGAUCUACGUCGAUAGCAGAUUGCGCUCCGAAACAUAGUCAACCAUGCUUAACGGAGUUCUCCAUUUGUGGACCACGUGGACAAUGUAUUCCAGAGCCUUUGAACGACGAACUGUAUAGUUGCGUAUGUGAGGAAGGCUUCGUAGGGUCACACUGCGAGAAACAGUUGAACGCGUGUGCCUCUGCUCCGUGCUAUAAUGCUGGUACGUGCGUGUCAAUUAAUGCAACAUCUUUCAAAUGUGUUUGUCCGAAUUCAUACAGUGGUCAGCUUUGUGAGCAAUUCAUCGACCCUUGUCGGCACGAUUCAUGUUUCAACGGAGGAAUGUGCGUCGAAAGUGAAGGUGUUUCAAACUGCGAAUGUCCACUUGGUUUCGACGGCAGUCGUUGUGAAAUCGAGAAGAAUUUUUGCACACCCAACCCUUGUGAGAAUGGUGGAGAUUGUUGGAGCAAUGGAGAAGGAUUCAGCUGUUCCUGUCCUCCAGGGAAAAUGGGGAAACGGUGUCAUCUGAAGCCCUGUGAUUACUUGCCAUGUCCAAAGAAUGCUAUCUGCGUCAAUGUGGAUCAUGUGAGAGCGGAUAGAGAAAGCUACCGAUGUGUGUGCCCGAAAGGAUUGAAAGGAAUAAACUGCAGUGAGAUAGAUAACCCUUGCGAUCGCGCUCCUUGCAAAAACAAUGGCGACUGUAAGCCUGCCAAACUUCGGAAUUCAGAUACUGACUAUAUGGAUUUAGCAAAUGACGAAAUUUACAUGAAAGUGACCUGUGAAUGUCCACCUUAUUUCUACGGACAAUUUUGUGAAAUUCUAACGACUCCAGACUUUGUGAUGUCCUUUGAAAAGUCCGGCGUUAAUGACUACGUGAAAAUUGCUGGACCCAAGCGCAACCUGUCAGAAAUUUCACUUUGUACGUGGAUUCAAACUAGUGACGAUUUUAACUAUGGAUCAGUUAUAUCUUAUGCCACAUCAAAUAUGGAUAAUGCCUUCACCUUCACCGAUUACAGCGGAUUUGUACUUUACGUAUCCGGAGAUCACGUGGUGACCAAUGUUUACAUCAAUGAUGGUAUAUGGCACUUCAUUUGUCUGGCCUGGACAAGCCAUAAAGGUUUGUAUGAAAUUUUUCUGGACGGUCAGCUUCACACUACAGGAUACGGACUAAGUAGUGGAAAGGCGAUAGAAGCAAAUGGUUUGUUCGUGAUCGGCCAAGAACAGGACUCCCUUGGAGGUGAUUUCAGCGAGACAGAAUCGUUUGUAGGGAAGCUAGCUUACUUGGAUUUAUGGAGUCGAGCGCUCAGUGGUUACGAAGUAAGGGAUCUCUACCAUAGCUGUGAGCCCUACCAAGGUGAUUUGGUCAAAUGGACUGAUCUGAAAUCGAAAAUCGUUGGAACAGUGAAACUCCAGAGAUCCGAGUUCUGCAGACAUUGCGAAAGAAAUUUGACGCUACAAAAUGGCCACAUAAACUAUUUUGACAACGGAGCCUAUCUUCGUUGCGACGAAGGAUACAAACUGCAUGGUCCAUCGGAAAUUGUCUGCUUACGAACAUCCAGCUGGAGUGAUACGAGUAGUUUUUGCAAACUGAUUCGCUGCGGUUCUUUAAGUUCAAUCCUGAACGGCAGAGUGAUUAUGUCCAAAUCGAGUUACAAAGGAAUAGCCCGAUUCGUUUGCGAUGAAGGAUUUUAUCUGUCGGGAGCUGAUUUUGCUCAUUGUACCAUUCAUGGAAAUUGGUCAGAGUCAUUACCAGAAUGCAUAAGUAUGAUUAAGUGUCCUGCGUUGACGGCACAGCCGGAUUCGUACAUAAUCUAUGCAACGGAAAGUGGAGUGUUGAACAAAGUAUUUGAAAACUAUGCUCUGGGAACACUGGCAGAAGUACAGUGCAAUGAAGGAUACUCAUCGUACGGAGAAAACCUUCUAACGUGUUUGGAUACUGGUAGCUGGGACGUAGCCUUACCUGAAUGCACUCCAGAUAUCCUGGAAAACACUACUGAAACAAUCACGGCAUCGACUGUUUCUCAAUCAAAAGCUCCAAGUAUUAUCAAAAUAAAUCGGCGGCCAGAUAUUCGUUUUUGGAAACAACUGAAAGACUAUUUGUUCUACGGAUGUAAUCCAUCCGAUCCCAGGAAAAGGUCUUCAUUUUGCGAAAAACCAGGAGCUGCUCCAACUAGAUUCACCGACUUAUCGAUAUUCGAUCUACCUGUAUCGGACGAUUACUAUAACAUGGACGUCAAAUUGCUGGAGCGAUUAGAGUGGACAACCAAACCGGAUGCAACUAUGAAGCUGGGAAACCUCUUGGAUUACAUCCUGUACGGAACGAACGAUCCAAUUGUUGAAUCCCAGCGAUUAACAAAAGAAACCGAAGAUGCCUAUCGUUUCGUGAUCUGUCUGUUCAUUGAUAUCAUCAUGAUGGACCGAGAGGUGACCUUUGAUGAUGAAAUUUACCUAGAUAUCAACUCAAGAGAGAACACGAACGAGAAAAUCAAAAGUCUACUAAAAAAUGUUGUUCAGCCCAUCUACGAAGCGCAUCAGCGAGAACUGGACGACGAACGACAUCAGGAAAUUGAAAAUCAAAGGAAUGCACUCAAGAAGAUUGUGGCACUUGCUGAAGCAGAGCGUAUUCUUGUCCAACGGUGCAGAUUGAGUGCAGUACCGGAACCACCAAUUGACAGUAGAAUAUUGACAAUUGAAACGACCUCCAUGGAAACGCGAAUGGUAGAUCUGCGAAUCGAGAAACUUCGGAAACGGUACGAUACGCUCGAGGUAGGUGCUCGAGUGAAGUACGGAUGCAAUUCAGGUUUCACUAUGAAAGGCAAAGGCUACGUAGAAUGCACUAAGGAAGGCCAUUGGAGCCACUUUGACAGUUUUUGUGAAGGCGUUCUCUGUGAGCAGCCAACGGUACCGCAAGGUAUGGUGAUUGCAGCAAGUUCGAUUGAUUCUCGGUACUACUAUGAUGAUGAGAUUGAAUACCGCUGCCAGGAAGGAUAUGCCAUGCAGGGCCAUCCCAUCAUAAAAUGUUCUAUCGAUGGAACAUGGUCACCAAUUGUAGCGAGAUGCUUUAAAAUAUCUUGUGGAAGGCCUAAAACAAGUAACACAGCAAAGAUUAUCUCCGGGAGCUCCUAUCAAUUUAAUGAGUGGCUGAAAAUUCUUUGCGAAGACAAACGCGUCGUGGAAACGAAAUGUCAAGCUAAUGGAAAGUGGACAUCAUUUGAUGAUUGCUAGUCUGGCUAUAAGCGUAAAAG